CAUUUUCCUCUAUAGUAGACGGCGUCGUUAAUAGGGCGCUCAGCAGCACCAGGAGUUAUAUUGGGGUCUCAUUGCUGGACAGUGACAUGUUACGGGCAGUCGCCUUUAGGGCCACCGGCCUGUGGAAACUUUAUAGUCAUAGCAGAUCCGCGUCUAUUGCGGUCUCGCCCCAGUCUGCACUGGCAGAUGAGAAGCUACACAUUCAAGUCUUGGGCUUAAGUCCCAGACAGCAGGUGACUUUAAGGGCCGUGGUGGUAGAUGAUGAGGACUUUCUUUUUCACUCGUGUGCCCAUUAUGAGGCGGAUAGCUCUGGCAUUGUGGAUCUGUGCAGGGAUGCUUCAUUAGGUGGGGAUUACACAGGUGUGCUUCCUAUGGGACUCCUCUGGAGUCUGUCCCCAGCUAUCAUGGAAAAAACAUAUUACAGGUUAGAGAAGAAAGAUAUGUUGAAGUCACCCAUGAUUAUGGAGUUAUUGGUUCACAGAGGACACCUAAACCCAAAGCGUAUUCCUGGGGAGGUCACUGCCAAAGUAAAAAUUGAGAGGUUGUUUGCUGCACCAGGAGUCAGAAGGAUCAGAUUAAGAGAGGGGGCAGUCAGAGGUAGUCUGUUCCUGCCACCAGGUGAUGGUCCUUUCCCUGGUGUUAUCGAUAUGUUUGGGGAUGAUGGUGGGUUAGUGGAAUAUCGUUCCAGUUUACUGGCAAGCCAUGGUUUUGCUUCACUGGCCCUGCCUUAUAUAGCAUUUGAAGAUCUUCCUCCAGCAAUGACCGAAUUACAUCUGGAAUACUUUGAAGAAGCAGCAAAAUUUCUUUGUCGUCAUCCUAAGGUUCAAGGUCCUGGAGUUGGAGUGAUUGGAAGCGGGAAGGGGGCAGAUCUCUGUCUGUCAAUGAUGACCUUCUUACCUCAAGUGGUUGCUGCGGUUUCUAUUUCUGGAUGCUGUGCUAAUACUGCUGCCAAUCUGAAUUACGGAAAAUUCACUUUGCCCGGUUUGAGGUACAAUAUGAGCCGUGUUCAUAUAUCUGACGCAGGUGUGUUUGAUGUCUCUGAAGCUCUUGAUGACCCUCUGGAUCCAGAUAAUAGCCAAAGUAUUAUCCCUAUAGAAAAAGCUGAAGGACAUUUUCUAUUCAUAGUAGGAGAAGAUGAUCGUUACUGGGGGAGCUCUGCCUAUGCCAAGGCAGCUACUGAUUGUUUGCAAAAAAAUGGGAAGGACAACUUUACCCUCAUGUCUUAUCCAGGAACUGGACAUCACAUUGAUCCACCAUGCUCUCCAUUUUGUUUGGCAGCCUUUGACAGAGUUUUGGGAGUACCUAUCCUUGGAGGAGGUGAAAUACAAGCUCAUUGCCAAGCCCAGGAAGACUCCUGGCAGAAAAUACAAAAUUUUCUUAAUUUGCAUUUAAAAUAAAAAAUUAGAAACUAUAAGAUCGGAUUACACAAUAAUGAAAUAAUUAGCCAAACUUUAAUUAUUUAAUACCUCUGUGAGGUGUGACUGAUGCUUGGUAGAAACCUCAGAUGGCCAAAGUUGCUAGUUCAUAUUUAUAUUAUAGAUUUUGGCUGCAGUCUGCAAACUUCCAAUUGCCAUACUUUUGAAUGGAUAUUAUUUUUUUUACAUACAUGCAUAGCAAAUGUGCAUAAUUUAGAACUGCAUUGCAAAAUAUAUGCAUAUAAAAUAAAUGUUUUAGCAAAA